AUGCGUAUUCGCCUACAGCCUCGCAGGAGACCACAAGGUAAGCGAUCCCCAGGUAAGCUGAAUGUUGCCUUGUUGUCUUUGCCCGCUCACCAUCUUCAUUUCAGCAAUGAGCUAGCUCAAAGGCUAGACAACCUUCCUAUCGCUGCCGACGUCGCCGCUGCCGAGAACGCCUCCGUGGAGAACCGCUGGUGUCAACUGCGAGACACGGUCCAGUCGACGGCACUCGCCGUCCUCGGUCGCGCUCCCCGCCAACACCAGGACUGGUUCGACGAUAACGACGCCGCCAUCAACAAUCUGCUUGCCGAGAAGAACCGCCUACACAAAGCCUACGUAGACCACCCCACUGACGACAACAAAGCUGCUUUUUACCGCAGUCGCCGCCAACUUCAGCAACGACUGCGCGAGAUGCAGGACGCCUGGACUGUUCGCAAAGCUGAGGAGAUCCAAGGCUACGCGGACCGCAACGAAUGGAAGAACUUCUUCUCUGCGAUCAAAGCUGUCUACGGUCCGCCGACGAAAGGCACUGCUCCCCUCCUCAGUGCCGACGCUAGCACCCUCCUGACUGAGAAGACACAAACUGUACAGCGAUGGGCCGAGCAUUUUCAGGUGUCCUCAAUCGCCCUUCCGCCAUCUCUGACGCCGCCAUCGAGCGUUUGCCGCAAGUGUAGACCAACGUGGACCUCGACCUCCCGCCAUCUCUCCAGGAAACCAUCACGGCCGUGCAGCAGCUCUCCAGGGGGAAAGCACCCGGAUCGGACGCAAUCCCUGCUGGGGUCUACAAGCAUGGAGGUCCCCAACUGAUGGAUCACCUGACUGCGUUCUUCCAGGAGAUGUGGCGUCAAGGCGAAGUCCCGCAAGAUUUCAAGGACGCAACCAUCGUGCAUCUCUACAAGCGCAAAAGGGAAUCGCCAAGUCUGCGACAAUCACCGCGGCAUCUCCUUGCUGAACAUCGACGGGAAAAUCUUCGCACGAAUCCUCGUCAACCGUCUCAAUAA